GAACCUAGAGCGUGCGAGAAUCCUUCAGUCUCGAUCGUGAUACCGUAGUCACAAGACCCACAAGUGUUUGAAGACCAAGAGUGGUAAAAUCGUGGAAAAAGGUGCAACUUAUCGGAAGUUUUUAGCUAAAUUUACUACAAUAGAAGGUGAAGUGAAAUUGUUUAAGCCAUCGAGUGAAAUCAAUCUGCAGUAAAUCAGUGAGCUGAAAGGGAAAUUUGAGAAUUGGUGCGUGGGUUUUUUUGGGAAUUUGGUGCCCAAAUGUACAACAAAAUGUCCAGCUUUGAGUCCGGUUCUUCGGAUGGCGAUCUGUGUCAGCCCGUCUGUGAUCCUGAUCCGUACUACGAAGCCAAUGGAGGGAAUUACUAUACACAACUCUAUCCAGCCGAUUCACAGAAUGCAGGAACACAAGUGAUCACGAUCAUGGAAGAAGAGGGUUACUGGGGGUCACCCUGUAGCUCGACGAACGAAUCGCAGCAGGCGGACGCCAGUCUCGGUCCAGCGCAUCCCGGCCAUCAGCGUAGCUCGUCCGCGGUCAGUACCAUUCGCUUGCUCACCGCAACGCACCUUGCCCCGCCGCCACCGUCCUGUGGCGAUCCUUCACCCUCGUCCUGCUCAUCCUCGUCCUCGUCACCGUCCACUUCUUCGUCCGUAUCCUCGUCGGUGUACGGCCACCAGCAACGGCACCAGCUACAGCAGCCAUCGCUGAUCGGUGGAUAUCCGUGUCUACGCUCACCAGACGCUGAUGCUGACCAGCAGCAUCCUCAGCAUCCUUCUCAUCACCAUCAGCAGCAGCAUCAGCAACAUCAGCACCACCACCACCAUCAACCGUCACCGGUGUACGAUUGUGCGAUGGUUUACGAGAAGAACGUUAACGCGUACAUCCCCGAUGAAGGCUACUACGGUGGUGGGAAUGGUACCCCGAUGCACGUCACUUCCGGUGGCGGUACGGCGCUAUCAAUACCGGGAACUACCACUAGUGAUCAUCACACGUCCUCAUCAUCGGCAUCGUCCUCAUCAGCGGCGUCAUCGUCUUCAUCUGUCCUGCUCAGUUCGACCGUGGAAGCUGUCCCGGGCAGUGGUGUACCGAUCGUACGAGUCGUCAAGCGACGCAACACGGCCAACAAGAAGGAACGGCGUCGAACGCAGAGCAUCAACUCGGCCUACACCUCACUCCGAGACCGUAUUCCCAACGUGCCGAAUGACACCAAGCUCUCCAAGAUCAAGACGCUACGCCUUGCCAUCUCCUACAUUGCCCAUCUGCUGGCGGUCGUAAACGGAAACCAGGACCCAUCGUGUGACUUCCGAGCGGAGCUGGUACCGUCUUCGCGCAAGAUCAACGCGGAACGGAGGGCCCAAAAGUCGCUGCUGCAAAGUUUCUCCUCGAAUAAUGGUGUGACUGGCGCCGAGGGACGUAAAAUCAAAGGACGAACCGGGUGGCCACAGCACGUCUGGGCACUGGAAACGAAAACGAGCAUCAAGUGAAGCACAACACAAUUGUCGACGGCGACAGGCCCACAGGCGAGGCGAGAAUUACUUCCCGGUAGAAUCGCGACACCAGCGGAGAGCGUCAGCCAGCAUUCGAAUCCUGACAAUUCGAUCUUCGAAUGAAUCCUAUUAAAGCGACGGUGAAGGUGAAGGUAAGAGAAUGUGAACCACAAAAACCACUUAAGACAAACACUAGAAUCAUGGGAGAAAAUAUAGAUAAAGCAUAGAAAGAAUGCUUUAUGCGAUAGCGAUGGUAAUUGCUUCGGUGUUCCAGCAAAGGAGAGAAGCUUAUCACGAGACCAUAUGUUCGUGUGCAACUUCAUUAGCUAACGUUAGCAAUAGUUAACGAAUUGUAAAUACAUCAACUCUACUCCCUGUAUGUGGCUUCUUCCUACUGCAUGACCUCGAUUGUUUUUGGUUUUAAGAUGGCUGUGCCAUUAGGUUAGUGCAAACCGCUAAGCAAACUACUCCAGAAUAAAGUCAAACGAUUUCCU